AUGACGCCUCACCGCGACAACGGAGCGGAGCUAGGACGCUUCGGGCAGCGCGGCCGAGCCAGUCACCAGGGGCUGCUCGGACAUCCCCACUGCCCGGGCCCCAUGCCCGGGCACGGCCCCUACCAGCCGCACGAGCCGGGCUACGGGCUGUGCGCGCCGCGGGGCGGCCCCUGCGAGGACCCGACGAGCGAGCAGCCGCCGCCGUCGCCCCGAGAGCUGGCCCUGAUCAACGCCAAGGCGUACCUACUACAGAGCAGCACCAAGUCCGGCCUCAGCUUGUAUGAUCAUCUUGCUAAUAUGCUGACCAAGAUUCUGGAUGAGCGCCCCAUAAAUGCAGCAGACAUCAUUGAGAAUAUCAGCAAGGAUGUAAAGUGGGCUCAGUUCCAAAAGAAAAUGGACACCCUUCGAGAUGAAUAUGAGAUUCUUCCAACAUUUGAGCUAGCAGAAAAGCAUAAAGUUCUGUUCCUCAAGGGAAAUGGAGAUGGAGAUCAGGAGCCAGAAGAGGAAAUAACAGAUACCCCUUUACCUAAUGUGAUGGAAACAGCCUUCUAUUUUGAACAGGCUGGAAUUGGCUUAAGCAAAGAUGAAUACUAUCACAUAUUCCUUGCCCUCAAGCAGCUUGUCAACACACAACCAAUCCAUACAUGCCGAUUCUGGGGUAAAAUCUUGGGUCUGGAGAUGAACUAUAUUGUGGCUGAAGUGGAGUACCGAGAGGGGGAAGAAGAGGAAGAGACAGAAGAAGAAGAAGAAGAAGAAAAACUGAUUGAAGAAGGAGGGAAGGAGGGAAGUGAGGUCGAAGAUGAAGAUGAAGAGAAAGAUGAUGAUGAACCACCAAAGUCCACCUACAAGCCGCCAGCAGCGACCCCAAAAGAAGAAAACCGGACUGGUGCUAAUAAGUUUAUCUAUUUUGUCUGUAAUGAACCAGGCAAACCAUGGAUGAAGUUACCUCCAGUAACACCAGCACAAAUUGUUGCUGCCCGAAAAAUAAAGAAGUUUUUCACUGGAAGGCUGGAUGCUCCUAUUGUGAGCUAUCCACCUUUCCCAGGGAAUGAAGCCAAUUACCUGCGUGCACAGAUUGCCCGGAUCUCAGCAGGGACCCAGAUCAGCCCACUGGGGUUCUAUCAGUUUGGAGAAGAGGAAGGAGAUGAAGAAGAGGAGGGAGGAUCAGGGAGAGACACAUAUGAAGAGAACCCUGACUUUGAGCCCAUUAGUGUGAUGGAAUUAGUGGAGUCCCUCUCCAACUGGGUACACCAUGUGCAAAAUAUUCUAAUGCAGGGCCGUUGUAUCUGGAUUAAUCCCAUUCAAAAAUCAGAGGAAGAAGAAGAAGAAGUUGAAGAAGAGGAGAAAGCAGAUGAGUCAGAUGAACCACAGCAAGAAGUGGGACCCCCUCUUUUAACCCCACUCUCUGAAGAUACAGAAAUUCAGAACAUCCCUCCUUGGACAGCUCAGUUAUCUACAAAUGUGGUUCCUCAAUAUGCCGUUGCAGUUAUUCAGUCUAAUCUGUGGCCCGGAGCAUAUGCCUUUGCUACUGGCAAGAAAUUUGAUAAUAUCUAUCUGGGCUGGGGUCAUAAAUAUAGUCCAGAUAACUACAUCCCCCCACUACCUCCACCAGUGCAGGCAGAAUACCCUAGUGGUCCAGAAAUCACUGAGAUGAGUGACCCCACUGUAGAAGAGGAGCAGGCACUCAGGGCUGCACAAGAAGAAGCUUUGGCUGCAGCUGAGGAAAUGGAAGAGAUGGAAGAAGAAGAGGAUGAUGAUGAGGAUGAUUAAAAUGUAGAAGAAUGAGAGAUGUAUACUUUUUUAAAAUAUCUGAAUAGUUUUAAAAUAAAUUUAUUAUAAUUGAGGCACUCUCAAAAGAUAUGUAUAUGGAGAAGCCCACUUAAAAUAGAUGCUUUGUUUUACUGUUGUACACUCUUCUCAUUUAGAAUACUUUGACUUUAGAAGAAUGUCUUUGGUAGUGAUUUUAAUGCUCAAUUAUUAAGCAAGCUUUCGGGUUCAAAAACCCUUUGUCAGGCUAAGGAAGUUUCUGCAGAAACUUUUUGAACCUGAAAGCUUUCUUAAUAAUUGUUUUCCAACUAUUUAAGUU